ACGCCGCGCCUGCCUCGCGGCCCGGGGCGGGGGGGACCCCGAGAAGGGAGAGGCCGGGCCGCGGAUGCCGGCUCGCAGGAAGAUAGGGCGGGGGUGGUGAAUACUUAUUCUGCUAAGAAGCAGUAAAGUACUUCGUGAGUAAAAAGCAUGCCUCCCAAGUUCAAGCGCCACCUAAAUGACGAUGACGUCACUGGCUCUGUGAAAAGUGAAAGGAGAAAUCUUUUGGAAGAUGAUUCAGAUGAAGAAGAGGACUUUUUUCUAAGAGGACCAUCUGGACCAAGAUUUGGACCUAGAAAUGAUAAAAUUAAGCAUGUUCAGAAUCAGGUGGAUGAAGUUAUUGAUGUCAUGCAAGAGAAUAUUACAAAGGUAAUUGAGAGAGGGGAGAGACUAGAUGAACUACAAGACAAAUCAGAAAGCUUAUCGGAUAAUGCAACUGCUUUUAGCAAUAGAUCCAAACAACUUCGAAGGCAAAUGUGGUGGCGUGGAUGCCAAAUAAAAGCUGUCAUGGCUUUGGCUGCUGGUAUCCUCUUGCUAGUGAUUAUCAUUCUUAUAGUUAUGAAAUACCGUACUUGAUUUGAUGACAGAGAUCUUCAUUAAACAAGAUCUGGGACAAUAAAAGAUGGCUGCAUAAUUUAAAUGAAAUCUAUGUAUAUAACUUUUAAAACUUCUUUUUCAAGAAACUAAGAGGCAAGUAUCACUUCAAAUUGGAGCACUGAGAAUGUCCAAUUAUCUUCUUCCUUUCUAAUAAAAUAUGCUUUUAAUAAUUAUGUUUAGGGCGAAGAUAACCAGCCUCUAUUUUGCCAUAUUCCAAGGAUCUGAUUUGAAACUCUAUACUUGCCAGUUCAUUGUUUGUGUAUAUAGUUAAACACUGAUGAUGAUAUUUGAGACUUGUAUUUGAUAUUUGAGGACUUGCAUUGUUGCAUUAAGUUGUGGGUCGGGCUGGGGGUCAGGAAGCCUAUGUGGAGCACCAGAUCAUCAUGCGGAAAGAGAUGCAUAACCAUUCUGUUAAUAUUUGCAAAAGUAUCAUUUCUUUCAUAUUGCAGUUGUUUUGCAAGCAGUUUCCACAUGUUUAUGGUGUAGCUAAAUGUUGUAAAUGUUGCUGCCUUCAACUGUAACUAAAAACAUUCCAGUAAACCUAUUUUUGACUGUAUAA